CAUCGAAAUACGCGCCCAGCUGGUUUGAUACAUCCUUCCUGAUAUUCAACACAUCUCGAUUUAUCUCCCCUCUUUCUCUCACCAUGCGUGCUACUGCUUCCCUCGUGGCGACGGCUCUACUGGCCAGCCGCACGUUUGGCUGGAAGCUCUCCCACCAUACAACAGACGACGCAGAUGACGACACUCCGCUGCCCCUGGUCAUCUGGCACGGCCUAGGCGACGCAUACAACUCUGAGGGCAUCACGGAAGUUGGAGAGUUGGCCGACGAGAUAAACCCAGGCACCUUUACAUAUGCCAUCGGACUCGGCACCGACGCAAAUUCCGAUCGCUCCGCUACGUUUUUCGGAAACGUCACCCAGCAGCUGCAGACCGUGUGCGAUGCUCUCGCCGCGCACCCAAUUCUGUCCACCGCCCCGGCCAUCGACGCCAUCGGAUUCUCCCAAGGAGGGCAGUUCCUCCGCGGAUAUGUCGAGCGAUGCAACAACCCCCCUGUUCGCAGCUUGAUCACCUUUGGCAGCCAGCACAACGGCAUCUCCGAGUUCAAGACCUGUGGCGGCUCUGACUAUUUGUGCAAAGGAGCCAUGGCUCUGUUAAAGUUUAACACUUGGAGCAAGUUCGUCCAGAACCGCCUGGUACCCGCGCAGUACUACCGCGACCUGAGCAACUACGAUACAUAUCUUGAAAACUCAAAUUUCUUGGCCGACAUCAACAACGAGCGACCGGUAAAGAACGAGCAAUACAAGAAGAACCUUGCUAGCCUCUCCAACUUUGUCAUGUACAUGUUCGAGGACGAUACCACCGUCGUUCCCAAGCAGACUUCCUGGUUCACCGAGGUCAACGGCACCGAAGUCAUCCCCCUUCGAAAGCAGACUCAAUACAAGGAAGACUGGCUUGGCCUUCGCCAGCUAGACGGCAAGGGUGGCCUUCGAUUCCGAUCCAUCACGGGUGAUCAUAUGCAAAUCACCCUGGAUGUCUUGAAGGAGGCCAUGUCGGAUUUCUUGGGCCCUUUGAACAAGACCUUCCGCCCUGAGACAAAUGUCGAAGAUGUGUCCCAGGGGGAGCUCUAGUUGGUCCUCCUCCUGGUCAUGUUUGUUGUCUUUUGCGAAUGUGUUAUACACCACUUGACGUUUUUCGUUUCCGUCUUCCUCUUCCUCUUCUUCGGUAGUAUGUGGUUAUUCCUCUCCGUGUUGGUCCUCCUCUACCUUUUAUGUCUUGUCGUGCGAUUUGUUUAUCUCUACUUUCUCAAGAUCUGGCCGUAUUUGUGAGCGACGGGACAUGCCAUGGCACUUUGAUACGGGCAUGGAAACUAUUUGGGCGUAAUUUGAAUUAAAUGUAUGGGAAAUGUUUUUAUGUGAGCACUUGAACAGAUGCACUAGAUGCGAGUUUACUAGGUAGCGGGAAUAUGGCGCCUUGUCCAAUACGAACAUUGCCAUUCUCUAUUC